CCCAGUCAUAUAUUUUAUUGCGAGUUCAAAGAGCGGCAUUGAUUUUUUUUUUCUCGUGUCUUUUGAUGUUUUCUUGCACUAGACCUAAAAAUUCAAAACAGCCAGAGCGGGAAGAGAAACGAGUCCUUGGUCUUGUGUUGCUACGGGGAGAAAACCUGGUGUCCAUGACAGUUGAAGGCCCACCUCCAAAAGAUACUGGAAUUGCCCGGGUACCUCUUGCUGGAGCUGCUGGAGGACCUGGAGUUGGGAGAGCAGCAGGGAGAGGGGUUCCAGCUGGUGCACCCAUGCCACAGGCUCCAGCAGGAUUAGCUGGCCCUGUCCGAGGAGUGGGAGGACCGUCCCAGCAGGUGAUGACACCUCAGGGUCGUGGAACAGUUGCAGCUGCUGCUGCAGCAGCCACUGCGAGCAUCGCAGGAGCCCCAACUCAGUACACACCAGGGCGUGGGGGUCCCCCCCCACCCAUGAGCAGAGGAGCACCUCCUCCAGGAAUGAUGGGACCUCCUCCAGGCAUGAGACCACCUAUGGGCCCUCCUAUGGGGAUGCCACCCGGCCGAGGUGCUCCUAUGGGAAUGCCCCCACCAGGCAUGAGACCACCACCCCCAGGAAUGAGAGGACCCCCUCCACCCGGCAUGCGUCCACCAAGGCCGUGAGAUGUUCCAUGACGUACUGUGAGAAGACUGAUCAAGGGAAUAUACUGAGCAGUAGUAUGGGUCAGAACUUUGCUAUGUAUAUUUUAUAUUUACUGCUUGUAAAGUUUGCUCUUUUUAAUAAAGUUGGAAAACCCAGUACUGAGU